AUGGAAAAUCCCCAAAUCUUCUUAAUCUCUUCGUCUCUCCCUCUCCCCACAAAAAUCAAUCCUCAGCCUCAAAUCCCUGCCCGAACAAACCACCAAAGAGGGAUUCCGGGAACCAGAUCCAACAGCAGAAGUGGUGAUCGAUCUUCAUCUGAGAAUGUUGCGGCGACGGACGUGACGGUGAGGAUAGUGGCGACGGUGGAUCUCCUCUCUCAGAUGAUAGAUCCUCUGACGAUGCGUCGUCGCCGAGCAGUGGAAUCGCUCUCCCGUGGCAUGAGAUCCGACCCGAACCCAGUCUUGAAGCGAGAUCUGAUGCCCUCGCCCCAUCUCAUCUGCGAUAUGUCACUUCUCCCCUCCGGCGAGGUCCUGCUCCUAAGCGACGAGUAG